AUGGACGUUCCCCUGGCACUCCCUUUUGCCACCCUCGUCGUGGUCCUUCUGCUCUGCUCCGGCCCCAUCGCGGCCGAGGUGGAUGCCACAGCUGUGCUUGGAGAGGCGGUCCUGACACUUGACGCAGGCAACUUCUCAGAGGUGGUGGCCAAGCACGAGUUCAUAGUCGUCGAGUUCUACGCGCCAUGGUGUGGCCACUGCAAGGAGCUCGCUCCAGAGUACGAGAAGGCAGCCUCCAUGCUGAGGAAGCGCGACCCUCCAGUGGUGCUCGCGAAGGUGGAUGCGUAUGACGAGAGCAACAAGGAGCUCAAGGACAAGUACAAGGUACAUGGGUAUCCGGCCAUCAAGAUCAUCAGGAAAGGAGGGAGCGACUUGAGCGCCUAUGGUGGCCCGAGGGACGCGGAGGGUAUCGUGGAGUACCUCACGAGGCAGGUCGGCCCAGCAUCUCUCGAGAUCAGGUCUGCAGUGGAUGCCUCACGCUCCAUCGGUGACAAAGGGGGGGUGGUCCUUGUGGGUGUAUUUCCUGAGUUUGCUGGUAUUGAGUAUGAGAAUUUUAUGGCCGUGGCAAACAAGAUGCGAACAGACUAUGAUUUCUUUCACACAUCGGAUGCGAGCAUUCUGCCACGUGGUGAUCUGACCGUCAAGGGCCCCCUUCUUCGACUCUUUAAGCCAUUCGAUGAGCUGUUUGUCGAUUCACAAGAUUUUGAUGAUGAUGCAAUCAAGAAGUUUAUUGAGGUGUCUGGUUUCCCUACUGUAGUUACCUUCGAUGCAGACCCGACCAACCAUAAGUUUAUUGAAAGAUACUACAGCACGCCUAGUGCCAAAGCAAUGCUUUUCUUGCGCUUCAGUGACGACAGAGUUGAGACCUUCAAGAGCCAGAUGCAUGAAGCAGCCAGGCAGCUCAGCGGUAAUAACAUCAGUUUUCUGAUUGGUGAUGUUUCAACCGCAGACCGUGCCUUCGAGUAUUUCGGGCUCAAAGAAAGUGAUGUUCCCCUCCUCCUCGUGCUAGCAUCUACUGGAAAAUAUCUCAAUCCAACCAUGGAGCCUGACCAGCUCAUACCCUGGAUGAAGCAGUAUAUAGUUGAGUAUGGCAACUUAACACCUUAUGUUAAGUCAGAGCCAAUUCCUAAGGUGAAUGAUCAACCUGUUAAAGUUGUCGUGGCUGACAAUAUUGAUGAAAUUGUUUUUAACUCUGGCAAAAAUGUUCUACUCGAGUUCUAUGCACCUUGGUGCGGUCAUUGCCGGAAGUUGGCCCCGAUUCUGGAGGAAGUUGCUAUCUCGUUGCAAGACGAUGAAGAUGUAGUCAUAGCGAAGAUGGAUGGUACUGCGAACGAUGUCCCGACAGACUUUGCGGUCGAGGGAUACCCAGCGCUGUACUUCUAUUCUUCUAGUGGAGGGGAUCUCUUGAUGUAUGACGGUCCAAGGACAGCCGAUGAGAUCAUCAGUUUUAUCAAGAAGAACAGGGGGGCCAAAGCUGCUGCAGUAGAAGUAACCCAGAUGGAUGCUGUAGAAGAGGAGGUAACAUCACCGACUCCAUCGGAGUCCGUUAAAGAUGAACUUUAG